AUGGCACAACACCUUAAAGGCAUCUUUGCAGGUUGUACAUUGUCCAUCAUUCUGUUCCUGUCUGGUAUAAAUGUUGUCUUAGAAUAUACACUGGCAACAUCACUCUCUUGCUACAUUACAUCAGGCAAAGUUUCCUUACCUCUGAUAAGAGCCUUCAUGGACGACAAUAACCUUAUGUCUUCUUCAGUUCCUGGCACAAACAUAUUACUUGACAGGUGCGUCACAGCUCUUAGCUGGGCAAGAAUGGACUUCCGUGCAGAAAAAUCCCGCAGCUUCUUCAUCAUUAAGGGUAGAUCAAUUAACAGCGCACCCUUCAGCGUUAUUAGACCUGACAACGAAACUGUUUUUUCUCCCAUUAUCCCGUCAAUUCAUAAUCAACCUGUACGUUUUUUAGGAAGGAUUAUCAACAGUUCCAUUUCUGACAGAAAGACAAUCGACAGGCUGGAAGAAAAACUCCUUGAUGGACUGUCUGUUAAUGACAAGUCCCUGUACACUGGUCCCCAAAAACUUUGGAUCCUGCAACACCAUUCAAUUCCAAGAAUUCAUUGGCCACUUUUAAUAGAUGAAGUUGUCAUCUCAACUGCUGCCCGCCUUGAACAAAAAGUAUCACGUUUUAUUAGAAAAUGGUUAAAUUUGCACCACUCCAUUACCAACAUAAGCUUACAUGCCGAAUCAUCCCCAUGUCCUUUACCCAUAAAGAGUCUCACUUCCACAAAAAUCAGCGGUUACCUACUAUUGCGCCAUUCAAAAGAUCCCAUUCUGUCUGCACUUAAUCCCACUGUAAAGGCUGGUACCUGGCGAGCGAACGAGGAAGUGGACACGGUUGUAAGUGAAUUAAAUUGCAAAGCGAUGGUAGGUCCCAUCCAAUAUGGAAAGGCCGGAAUUGGAGUUACAAAGAGAGACGUUAUACCACCUAAAGAAACCACCUAUGGGUAUAGGAAAUUGGUUUCCGAAACAUCAAAGGAAAUUGAAGAAGAAAGUUACCUUUCCAGAGCAUUGCAGCUUCUAGUCCAAGGCCAGUGGACUAGGUGGGAGAACUAUGUUAAAUUCGAUCUUUCCUGGAAAGACAUACUAGCUACCCCGCCAAACCUUUUAUCUUUCUGUCUCCAGUCUACAUAUGAUGUCUUACCAUCCCCAAACAAUCUAAAACGUUGGAAAAUAAUUACUGAAUCUGUUUUUUGUGCCACAGAAAUCUGCACCUUUGGUCACAUUCUGGGUGCAUGUAAAAUAGCUCUAGUUCAGGGAAGAUAUACGUUUAGGCACGAUUCGGUGCUAGUGCACUUGGUUGACACUUUAAAACAAUUCCUGUCAGCACUUCCACUUAUCAUCUCUAGGAAUUGUAAUUCUAUGGUUUUUGUUAAGGGAGGUGCUUAUGUUAGUCCCAAAUCGAAGACAAAGGUUACAGCUUGCUGUUUUGUUAUCUCACAAUCAAUCGAACUCACUUGCCCUUGCGAGGAAAAUGCAAACUAUUGGCACUCCACCAAAGUCACUAAAUAUUCCUGCUUGGUUAACGUAAUUCUGUCCAGUGGUUGGCAAGUUGAUUUCUUUGCUGUAGAAGUCCGGGCAAGAGGUUAUUGCGCGAGAACAACCACGGCGUGUCUGAAAAGGCUGGGUUUUUCCAACAAAAUGGCAUAUUCCACCGCAAAAAACCUUGGUAAAAUCAGUAUGACAGCUUCUUUCUGUGUAUGGAUUGCUCGAGGGUUAAGAGACUGGUCUCAAGACCCCUUAAUUAAGGCACCCGGAACGAGAAAGACUCUUCCACCCAAGUCUGUUGCAUAUCGUCAAAGUAAUCCAGCUCCAGUAAAAGAAAUGCCCAAGGGUCGUUUGUCAGGUCCACAUACUCCGGUCUCUCUAAAAAUCAACCAUACAAAACUAGUGCCAAAACAAAGACAAUUUUUAUAA